ACUAAGAAAUGAUGUUAUGAAGCUUGGAAUUAACAAUCAAAAGUUCAAGUUUGUGUGUCAUUAGAUUUUCUUGAUUUUGGUGAAUUGAAAAGGAACUGAGUUGCCUUCUGAUUGAAAUUUUUUCUUUACCUCUGUGUACACAUGUUCGAAGAUGGUGUCUUAUGUCACAAUGAUAAAUUGCAACAAGGAUACUUGACAUAAGGUUCAAUAUCCAAAAGAUGGAACUGUUCUUUGCAAUUGUGAUAUUGGCAUAUCUCCACUCAUUUGUCUUACCUGAUGGGCAAGGAGAUGCACUGUACGCAUUGAAGAACUCAUUAAAUGCUUCAAAAGAUCAACUUGCUGAUUGGAACCAGAAUCAAGUUAGUCCUUGCACUUGGUCCAAAAUCACUUGUGAUGAUGAAGGCAAUGUCAUUAUGGUGUCAUUAUCAAGUAUGGGAUUCUCGGGCACUUUAACUCCCAGAAUAGGUGUUCUAAAGAAUGUGAAUACACUGUCCUUGCAAGGAAAUGGUAUAACUGGUAGAAUUCCCGAAGAGUUAGGAAAUUUAACAAGCUUGACAAUGUUGGAUUUAGAAAAUAACCGUUUUUUUGGAGAAAUACCAGCUUCGCUUGGUAAUCUUAAAAAGCUUCAGUCUCUGUUUUUGAGUCGAAACAAUCUUACGGGGACUAUCCCUCAGUCGCUUCCGGAUCUUCCCAACUUGAUGAGCCUUCAGCUUGGUUCCAACGGUCUUACUGGCCAAAUUCCUGAACAGUUGUUCCAACUUCCAAAAUACAAUUUUACAGGGAAUCAUUUGAAUUGUGGCUUAAAUCUCACUCAUCAUUGUGAAUCUGAUAGUGGAGGUUCUCCUAGUAAACCAAAGACUGGUCUCAUAGUUGGUAUUGCUGUUGGAUUUCUUGGACUUCUCCUUCUUGGGGGAUCUGUGUUGUUGAUUUGGAGGAGACGGCACAAAGGCUAUAGACAUGAAGUCUUUGUUGAUGUUGUAGGUGAGGUUGAUCGACGAAUUCCAUUUGGUCAAUUGAGGAGAUUUUCAUGGAGGGAAUUGCAGCUUGCUACUGAUAACUUCAGUGAAAAGAAUGUUCUUGGACAGGGGGGGUUCGGCAAGGUCUAUAAAGGAGUGCUCAAUGAUGGCAUUAAAGUUGCCGUGAAACGGUUAACUGAUUAUGAGAGUCCUGGGGGAGAUGCUGCAUUUCAGCGAGAAGUUGAGAUGAUAAGUGUGGCUGUUCAUAGGAAUCUCUUACGGCUUAUAGGAUUUUGCACCACACCGACUGAACGCCUGCUAGUAUACCCAUAUAUGCAGAAUCUAAGUGUUGCUUAUCGUCUACGACAACUUAAACCUGGGGAGCCUGUUUUGAAUUGGCCAACUAGGAAGCGUGUGGCACUGGGUACUGCACGUGGACUUGAAUACCUACAUGAGCACUGUAAUCCAAAGAUUAUUCACCGUGAUGUUAAAGCAGCUAAUGUAUUACUAGAUGAAGAUUUUGAAGCUGUAGUUGGUGAUUUUGGCCUGGCAAAGCUAGUUGACGUGAAGAAAACCAAUGUGACAACUCAAGUUCGUGGUACAAUGGGCCAUAUAGCUCCUGAAUACUUAUCCACUGGCAAAUCAUCAGAAAAAACUGAUGUUUUUGGCUAUGGAAUCAUGCUUUUGGAAAUUGUAACUGGCCAACGUGCAAUAGACUUCUCACGCCUAGAAGAAGAAGAUGAUGUCUUGUUGCUUGACCAUGUCAAAAAACUGCAAAGGGAUAAAAAACUGGAUGCAAUUGUAGACCGGAACCUGAAUAAGAACUACGAGCUGGAUGAAGUGGAGAUGAUGAUUCAGGUGGCAUUGCUGUGCACUCAGGCAUCACCGGAGGACCGUCCAGCAAUGUCGGAGGUGGUGAGGAUGCUGGAAGGAGAAGGGCUUGCUGAGAGAUGGGAAGAGUGGCAGCACGUUGAAGUCAACCGUAUGCAAGAAUACGAGAGACUUCAGAGACGAUUUGAUUGGGGAGAAGAUUCAAUGUUUAAUCAGGACGCCGUUGAGUUGUCCGGUGGAAGAUGACAAAUGAGUAAUAAUUUUGAAAAUAAAUGUUUCCUGAUAUAUAGAUGCCUGGUUGCUAAAUGGCCAGCAAUCCAUUUUUUUUAAUUUUGAGUUGCUGAUACCACAUCUUUUUAAACUUUGUAUUGCUUCUCUUAUUUAUUAGUGGAGUACUUGUUUUUUCUUGUA